UAGAUGUGAUACUUCGGCCAAUAAACUAUUUGAAUUUGGUUUAAUAUAUUGGGUCUAUCAAAACAAUCAACCAAUUAGAUUCGCAUAACUUUGAAGUGUCUUUUUUCCAAUCACAAAUAUAUGUAAUAUGAAACGGUUAUGUUAAUAUAAGAAUAAAAUAUUUUUUAUACAAUGAAUAUUCUGCAACCUGAGUUGAUUUGGAUAGAUGGUCGGUGUUACAGACUAUUCGGAAAUAUCGAACGGCCAAGUGCCCAAAAUAUUUCUCCUUAUUUUGAAGAUAACUAUCAAGUGGAUUAUAAAGAUUCUGAAGAUGAAUGUGAUAUAGAAAUUGUACCAUAUGAGUCGACAAGAUUUAAACACACAUUUCAUGUGUCAAAAUCAUUCUUUCCAUUUAUUAUUGGAUCUAAACAUGCAGUACGUAAAAAAUUAGAAAAUGAAACUAGAACAUCUAUACAAAUUCCAAGAUUAGGUGAAGAUGGAGAUAUUGUAAUAAUUGGUACUGACCGUAAAGGAAUAAUGACAGCACGUCGUAGAAUAAAUUUAUUAAUGGAAGCAAGUAGAAAAAAAAUACCAUCAACACAUUUUUUAUCAAUACCUUUAAAUGAAGGUCACAUAAUAAUGAAUUUUAAUAUGUUUAAAAAUGAAGUACUGAAAAAUUCUGGAAAAAAAUCUAAUGGUAUUGAUGAAAUGAUUUUUCAAAUACCAAGCAAGUUACAUCUUACUAUUGCAUUAUUAACAUUACUUGAUGAUACAGAAAAAAAUCAAGCUAUAGAAGCUUUGAAUUAUUGUCAUCAGCAUAUUGUAAAGCCUAUAAUUGAAAAAUAUGGACAAAUUCCUAUAUACUUACAAGGAACUGAUAUAAUGAAUGAUGAUCCUAGCGAAACUCGAGUUUUAUAUGCAAAGUUAAUUGACAAUGAGGCUUUGGAAAAAAUGGUAGAUGAAAUUGUAGAUUAUUAUAAUAGGAUAGGUUUAUUAUAUAAAGAAACAGAGAAAGUUAAGUUACAUUUGACUCUUAUGAAUACAAAAUUUAAAUUAAAUGAAGAAGAAAACCAUUAUGAAAAAUAUAAAACAUUUGAUGCAACAGAAAUAAUGAAAGCUCAUAAAAAUACAAUUUUUGGAGAAACUACAUUGAAACAAAUUCAUUUAUCUCAACGUCAUACAAUUAGUAGUAAUGGAUAUUAUCAAGCAAUUGCAAAAAUUAAUUUACUUGAAGAAAGUCCAGUUUUGAAUUAUUACUACAAAUUGGAUGAUUACAUGUUGCUUACACAGCAAAUAAUUGUUACAUCAUCUGGAAGAAUAUAUUUGGUUGAAAGAAGGGGGGAAGGUGAUGUGAUGAUUUGUUCAUCAAGUAUAUUUAUUGUGAGAACACACACAUUACAAAUGAAUAGAACAUUUAAUGCAUUUCAAAUGACACAAAAACCACAAAUUACUUCAUAUAGAAAACAUAUUCGUCUCAAAAAAAGUAUGAUAUUACCAGAUGAUACAUUGGAAUAUUGGGGAUUUUAUCUUUUAAAAGGAGCAAGUGUAGCACUUUCUGUGUGUUCAAGAUUUCAAGGGGCUUCUAUAGUUGUGGUUAAAGGAGAACGCAAUUUACGAACAUGUGGUAUGUUGGAACAUCAUAAUACACAAAUUCUAAAAGCAAUAAUAUUACACAAGUCAUUUAUAAUAAUACAUUAAAUAAUAUAGAAGAUAAAUUGUUAUGGAAUAUUACUUCAUAUUCAGGAAUCAAUCAUAUAUCUUAUGAAAAAAAUCAUGACAAGGAAUCAAAAAAAUUAAUACAGAACGAAAAUAUUCAACAUUAUAUAAAAUCUAUACAAAAAAAAAA